AUGACUCAGAGCACUAUGAUAAUAGAACCUGUUCAAAUUCUCGCUCAUUUCCUAGACAAAUAAACUUUAGUAAAUGGGAGACUCCAAUCUUAGAAAAAGUAUUGCAGAAUUGAUGAUGGCCCAUAUUGCUUCAAUUCUGAUGCAAAUUCAUAUCAAAGUGGCUCAAUAGAAGAUAGUCUUGAUUAUCAAGACAUUUACCUAGAGACUCUAAGUGAUAUUGAGCAAUCGACCAAGAUAAUUAAGGAAAAGUCAGUUGAUUCCAAAUAUCUAAAAGGAAUUUUGCUCGAAGGUGAAUUCUAUAAUCUGGUUCUCACUUUCAAGGUUUACUCCAAUGUUACCAACCAGACUACUGAGGGCACUCUUGUUGAUAAGUUCUUGCAAGCGGAAUUCGGUCCCAACAAGUAUAUAUAUAUUUAGUUUGUCACUCCAGCUUUUCUCACUUCAAAAUUCGAUGAAGAAUUAGUACGUGUCGAGAAUUUAGCUAAUAAGCUCGAGGAGGAUGACACAUUCUAUCCAGAUGAGACAUUCGCUUAUAAUCUUUAGAAUCAGGUUGUCAUGAGAUUCAAAAAUCCAGUUUAACUUAGAUUUUUGUAUUUGAAGUAGCAUAGGCAGCCAGCUUUCUUUUAGAAGAAAACCUAUGGUGAGUACGUGAUUUAGGCUUCAUAUAAAGGGUAGCCUGUUGUAUAGCAGCAUAUAGGACUGUUUAAUACAAUGUGGAAGAAGUUCGUCCCAAUGGAUUAAAUAGUCAUAGAUGAACUUAUCAUUCCAGCUGGAGUUGAUUUCGAUAGCGUUUCUCUAGCAGUGGAUAAUGUUCAGAAUUAUUACAUAGCCUAAUAGUAGAUAAGAAAAAAGCCAACUUUAUUCAUGGAGAAGUUAUACUUUACUAAGGAAUUUGAAGAGGAGUAAAAGAUCUAGUAGUAACAGAUAAUUGAGCAGCAGAAUAAGCUUCUUUAAGAUUAGAAGGAACAGAUUGAAAAGUAGGCUUUUGGAAAUCAGGUUAAUGAUAAAAAUUUCGCAAAAAAAACAAAUACUCAAAGUUAGUCGUCGACUGAUGAUCUUAGACAAACAUCUCAAGCAAAUCAAAAACUCCCUGACUACUCUACUAAAGAUAUGGACUAUUUUGCGUAUGCAGAUAAAAUGGCAGAUGAUCUGAUUAAAACAUUUGAACUUAUUGGCAUUAAGUUAGAUAGAAACCUAUUCAAAAAAUUCAUAGCUGUAGAUAAGUAAAUGUAUUAAGCAUUAAAAGAUAAAGACAAAAAGAGGUAUGAUGAGUUGUAGGUGAAAAUGAAGAAAGCUUUCUUUGAACUUAUGAUGGUUGGCUUGAGUGAAAAAGAGAAAAAGAAAUAAAAGGAAUAGUUUGAGCAACUCACAGACAGUGUAGUAGCUAAGGUUGUUAUAACUCAUCACUAGUAACUUUAAAGGGAAUUAGCAGCAGGAAAGACCAAAGCUGAUGGUAAGUCUCUGACUAAGGGUAAAGAUGACACAAAUUCAUAUAUAGCUUUAGACGAUAAAGAGCAUAAGAUACUUCCAGCAUAGCAAAAAGAACUGGAUUAAAUCCUUUAGAAAUAUAUAAGUGCAAUAAGGCUCUUUGAAACUGGAAAGCAAGCUGAUUAGAGAAAUCUUUAUCAAUCCAAAUAUACUAGAUUCUAUGCUGAUACUUAUGAUGAAAAGAAAAUGAGCUUUCAACAAAAAUAGAAGCUGAAUGAUGAGUUGAACAUGCAAGCUAAGCAUAUCCUGGACUAAACUGAAGUAAAGAUAUUAAGUGAAGAAUCAGAAAAGAUUAAAACUAAAUCUGAUACAUAACUGAAAAGUAGCAAAAAACAGCAAGAAAAAGAAAAAUUAGAGACAUAAAAAUAAGAGAGUAGCAAAGAUAAAGUUGCUGCUGAAAAAGGCAAUAAACAAAAAUUGGAGAAGCCAGCAUCAGAUGUACCAGCAAAAGAUAAACUAAUAAAAGAUAAACCAGCGUAAGAAAAAUCAAUAUAAGGUAAAUAAGUUUAAGAUAAACCAGUUCAAGAUAAACCAAAGUAAGUGGAAUAAAAGAAGCAAGAUUUAAAGUAAGAGUCUAAGUUGAAAACUGAGAGUAAAAAAGUAGAAUCAAGUAAAGAUUAGAAAAAGAACUUAGCAAGUGAAACUAAUCAUAAAACUAAAACCCAAGAUAAAAAUAAAGCUGAAGCUGAAGAAAGUGAAGUAAACGCAUACUGGUAAUAUCUUAAGGAAUUAUUAGGUCUCUAAGACCAUGAGUACGAAUAAUUCAAGGGUAGACUGACAAAACUUGAAUAACUCGCUGAGGAAUAUAUGUAAGCUCAUGAAAAUAACGAUGAGAAAAAAAUAAAGAAAGUCAAAAAGUAAUAUAAGAAAGAAUUAACUUAAUUUGCUUCUCUUGUCGAGGAUUUCUAGAAUUUGAGUCCAUUGGAAUAAUAAUUGCUCGAAAAUACUUUUGAUGAAUUGAGUGAGCAGCUUUUAGAUUUAAUGGUUAACCCAGAGCUAUUAGACUAAUUGGAGCUAGAAGAUGCUGAUGAGAAUGAAUUAGAAAAAUGGGAGCAGUACUUAAGAGAUCAUGGGCUAGAUGAUGAUAUGGAAGAUUGA